GCGGUCUCACACUAUUACUUGCACUUUGCAAAACUCAAAUUUGUCUGGCUUUGUGUUUUUUGUUGCUGCCUUCGACGAAACGACGAAAAUUACACGUAAAAGUGUUUCAAAUAGGCGAUAUUAACCCCGAACACAGAGUAUCUACAAAGUCCAGAGCCGCAUAAAAUGGAUCGUCUGCUUCGUCUUGGCGGCGCCAUGCCUCAGGCCGCUCCACCCACAGACGCUCCCGUCGUGGACACCGCCGAGCAGGUUUACAUUUCCUCGCUGGCCCUGCUCAAGAUGCUGAAGCACGGCCGCGCGGGCGUGCCCAUGGAGGUGAUGGGUCUGAUGCUGGGCGAGUUUGUGGACGACUACACGGUGCAGGUCAUCGACGUGUUCGCCAUGCCCCAGACGGGCACUGGAGUCUCCGUUGAGGCGGUGGAUCCCGUCUUCCAGGCCAAGAUGUUGGACAUGCUGAAGCAGACGGGUCGGCCCGAGAUGGUCGUGGGAUGGUAUCACUCGCAUCCGGGCUUCGGCUGCUGGCUGUCUGGCGUCGACAUCAACACGCAACAAUCGUUUGAGGCUCUCUCGGAACGUGCCGUGGCUGUGGUCGUCGAUCCCAUUCAGUCCGUCAAGGGCAAAGUGGUGAUCGAUGCCUUCCGGCUUAUCAACCCCAACAUGCUUGUGCUGGGCCAGGAGCCGCGACAGACCACCUCCAAUCUGGGUCACCUGCAAAAGCCCUCCGUGCAGGCGCUGAUCCAUGGUCUCAACCGCCACUACUACUCGAUUAGCAUUAACUACCGCAAGAACGAGCUGGAGCAGAAGAUGCUCCUCAAUCUGCACAAAAAGUCGUGGAAGGAUGGUCUGACGCUGUCCGACUACAAUGAGCACUGUUCCAUUAAUGAGGACACCGUGGCGGAGAUGCUCGACCUGGCCAAGAACUACAAUAAGUCUCUGGAGGACGAGGAGAAGAUGACGCCCGAGCAGCUGGCGAUCAAGAACGUUGGCAAGCAGGACCCCAAACGGCAUUUGGAGGAGAAGGUGGACAAGGUCAUGCAGAACAAUAUUGUGCAGUGCCUGGGUGCCAUGCUGGACACUAUAGUGUUUAAAUAAAUGCUCGCAUUUGCUGCUCUCCGCCCCAAAACCAUGUUCCCCCAUCAUCCCACAAAUCGCUAAGCUAAUCGUAUUAACAAAUAAUAAAAACUGCUUUUGUUUAAGGCAGAGUUUUACACAAA